UUUACAGCAACCCAAUAGCAUUGUUUCUAGAGAGAGAGUGUGAGAGGGGAGAGAGAGAGGGUUUCAAGGGAGGAGACAUGCCCAAUUCCUUUCCAACAUUUCUGUUUCUUGCUCCUUCUCAGCUUAUCAGAUCCCAAAGGAUUCAUCAAUGAUAUAGAUGGCUAUACGAGUUCAAAAUUUCCCCACUGAAAUAUUUGAGCAAAAUCCAAAUUAUCCAAUGUCUCAUUUUGCUAUUAACUGUCCAUCAUGGUGGAAUUUACACGAACAACUCCUUCCCCAAUCCUCAUCCGUGCAUUUUAGCUUGAAAGUGGAAUCACCAUCAGAAUUGCCUCUCAAAGCAAAGCAUUUUGGUCUUCAACGAAAAGACCAGGAUUCAUCAUCAACUCAAUCGAGUGAUCUAUCUCACCAUGAAGUUUUGAAUAUGACGGGGACCAAUUCUCAAGAUCAAUGCAUUUCAUCGGAACCGGCUCAAGAAAGUGAUGGAAAGCAUGUAGAAAGCCAAAUGAAGCCAUUUUUCUUAAGGGGCCAUCAAGAUUUUGCCACCAGUCCUUCACAGAUUGAUCCUAGCCUGUCAAUUGGUUGCAAUAUUCCUUCACGGAUUGAUCCUAGCCAGUCAAUUAACCACAUCCUAUACCCGUAUGCUGAUGCUUACAGCGGGGGGUUAUUCACUGCCUAUGGACCACCAGCUGUUAUUCAGCAACAGAUGGUUGGAAUGACUCCUGCAAAGGUUCCACUGCCUCUUGAUUUAGCAGAAGAUGGUCCAAUCUAUGUCAACCCAAAACAAUACCAUGCAAUCCUCAGGAGGAGACAAAUGCGCGCAAAGCUUGAGGCCCAAAACAAGAUAGCCAAAUCUAGAAAGCCUUAUCUUCAUGAGUCGCGGCAUCUGCAUGCACUGAAUAGGGUUAGGGGAUCCGGGGGACGCUUUCUCCGCACGAAAAGCGAUAAAAAACCCGACCCAAAUCCUACCACUGAUACCCAUGGCAUCCCAAGAUCACUUCCCUCAAGUCAACACGUAGUAGACUUACCGAAGUUUGAACCUGAAACUGGCAAAUGUGGUGCAAUGUCAAUCCCCUCCUGCUCUGGCAUCACAAGUGUUACCAACAGUGAUGUCAUUUUUUGGCAGCCGGAUCGUGGGUUCUCAGCCACCUCUCUUGGAGUUCGGCAUUGUGCUCCAGUUGUUCGCUGAGAGGUGGGAAUGAGCAGCACGUCACCGGCUGGGCAAUUCAUCCUUGGCUUAUGUCACCUUUAUUUUUAACUGCUCUGCUCUGUGAUUGUUAUUACUAUUAUUAUUACAAGAAGCGUAAGACGCCAUAUGUACUGAAUUUCUCUGCCUAGCUUUGUUUCUUAUGCAAGACUGGGAAUGUUCUGAAUGAGGUCGCUUUUCUGAUGUC